AUGCCUGAAUCCAAAUUUUAAUUUUUAUGUUUUUUAUCAUACUUAUCAAAACAAGAUAACUUUUAUUAAAGCAUUCCAAAUUGUUUAAAAAAGAUAUUUAUAAUUUCUAAUCUUUUACUCUGCGCAGAUAUAAAUAUUAUAAUAGUAUAAGAUAAAAAUCAAAAAUUGUCAAAAUACAAUAUCAGCACAUUUCAAACUCUUUUAUUCCAACCUCAUUUUUACAAAAAGGACAUGUAUGAAUAACAUCUUUAAAUUUAUUACUUAGUAAUGGUAUAAAACAGCAACAACUAUCUAAUGAUAAAUUUUACGCAGUCAAAACACACAAAAAGAAGCACAUCAGCCAUGUAUUGACUCCACAUUCAUGUUCAAGAUUUGUUUUGAUAUCUUUUUCACAAUGA